UAUUACUGUGUAUGUUUCUGGAUGGGGGUGGGCGCGUGAGUAUUCCCGUCUGUGUUACUGAGGGAGUGUACUCCUCUCUGUGAUUCUCGGGGAAAGUAUUGCUGGCAGUGUUACUGGGGACGCUGCCAGGCCUGCUGAGUUUCUCCAGCACUUUCGGUUUUGACGUCUGAAUUCUGGGAUCUGGCACAUUUUGAUUGUCUUCAUUUUUUUUAAUGAGUGCUGGCAUCGAGAUGUGGAAGGAAAUGACAUGCCUGCAAAGUUCAACACCCUGGAGCUUGCUAACCAUGGUACUGACAAUGAUCAUCCUACCCGGUACAGUUGAGUCUGGGAGCCUCUGGGAUGUCAUCAAGUCAGCAAAGGGAGCUAAUGCAAUAACACUGCAGUCACACGAGGCAACAGAUUUCCUGCGGACACCUCCCACUCGCAGCCGACGCCACAUCAAGUGGUACCAACAGAAUCCUGACUUCCAAGCGUGGUACAAGUAUUACCAGAAAAUCGGCCACAAUGAAGGGCUGUACGAAAUCGAUCGGAUUCGGCUAAUCUAUCUGCAAAUGAGGCACCUAGAGAACGUCUACGGAAAGAAUGCCCCAUUCUAUCAAUAUACCAUCGGCCUUGCACCGACACACGGCAAAGGGGUGUCCGCUCCCUCCUGUGAUCCCAAGACAGACAAGAACUGUAAAUCACAGCCACCGCCCCCUAAGGUGCCCGUGGCCCAACCCCCGCCCCCACCCAAAAAGGCUCAGCCUGCAGAUCCACCUCAGCUGGCCUGUAAUCCCCAUGACCCUGCCUGCCUGCUGCAGUACUUCUACCAGUUCCUAGCCAAUGUUCAGACGGACUCCAAAUGUGACCCCAAAACGGAUCCCAAGUGCCCACGAGUGGCCAGAACACUGCCCUGCGACCCCAAGUACGACUCGUCCUGCAUGUCCUCCACGUCUGCGGGCAGGCACUACAAAUCCAUGCACUGUGACCCCGUGUAUGACCCGGACUGCGAGGAGGACGAGGAGGAGGAGGGCAGCGAUGGGCAGCCUCCGACGCCUGAGCCGUGGGGAGCUCAGGGUCCUGAGGGAGAUGAGCACUCGGAGGACGAUGACGUUGAUCCUUAUGACCCAUAUUAUCCUGGUUACUAUGACCGCUAUCAUCAGCAAGGCGCCUCUCCGUAUGGAAAUCCACAUGGUGGCCCUACAAAUGAGAAUCCAUACGAUGCCUCUACGUAUGGAAAUCCAUACGAUGCCUCUACGUAUGGAAAUCCACACAGUGACCCUACAAAUGAGAAUCCACACAGUGCUUCGGUGAAUGGAAAUCGACAUGGGACCUCUACAGAUGAGAAUCCAUAUGCUGUCUCUACAUAUAGAAAUCCAGAGAGUAUCUCCACGUAUGAUAAUCCAUAUGGUUCCUCUCCCUAUAGGAACCCUUAUGGUGCUUCUCCUUAUGGAAAUCCAUACGCCGCCUCUCCCUAUGGAAGCCCAUACGCCGCCUCCCCCUAUGGAGACCCAUACGCCGCCUCCCCCUAUGGAGACCCAUAUGGCACCUCUCCCUAUGGAGACCCAUACAGCGCUUCGCCCCAUGAAAACCCAUAUGGCACCUCGCCCCAUGAAAACCCAUAUGGAUCUCCCUACAACCCACCAUACGGAUCUCCCUACAACUCCCCUUAUGCCUCACCUUAUGACCCUCGUUACAAUCAUGAGGAUGAGGACGAGGAUGAAGAUGAGGACGAGUAUUAAGCGGAAAGUGUUAACCCUCCAAGACAACAGGACAAGGGACCACGAAUGCAUUCUUCACCCCACUCUCCUCCCAUCCCUCUCCCUUCAGCUUCUAUGGGACAUGGGUUUUUCACUAUUUUGGAUCAAACCGGAAACAGGCUCAGAGUGGUUUGCACAAAGGAAUGGGGGAGGUAGUGAGCACCCCUCCCUCCCCACACCCCUUGCCCCUUAUUAUCGCUAGCUGUCCCUCUGCGGACCGCACAGGGUGACAGAGCAGCCGCUUUUCCUCUCUACCCAGAGCUGAGCUGCAGAGAUGAAGGAAGGGGAACCGUCUGUAAACAGCCGGGUGUGGCGGUACCUUUCACAGUGAUCAUUCUGUGUCCUGUUGUCUUGGAGGUUCACUGUUAAACUGAUGCGAUUGUUCAAAAGUAAAUACUGAAACAGCAUUUGGUGGUUGCAUGAAAGUUAAUUCACUCUCAGGAGCAAGAGGUGCAAAGCAUUCUCUUUCAAUCAGGCACCAAUCGCCUCAUCUCCCCCUCCCCCGUCCGCUCGGACACCAAUCGGCUCCAUCCUGGCUUUGUCACUUGUUGCAGAUUGACUCGCCGCUGGGGAGCUGUCUGUCUCCCCGCUGCCAGCCGUUGCUGUAACUAGCUUUGGCUAUUGUCGUGUUCAAUAAACUCCUCUGCACACCAGCCGCUAUCGGUCUGCUUUAAAUUGGACUUGGUCACCGGCUCUCCAACAGCAUUGCAGCCUGAUCAAUGGGAUGGGGAGGAGAUGCCGAAAGCCCGAAUCGAGCCAAGGACUGAGUUGCCACAACUAAUUUGUUGUUGGGGGGGGGGGGGGGCAGAUAGAACUGAAACAAAUCUUAAGCAAAAGGCUAACCCAAGGGAUGAUCGAUCUUUCAACUAAGAACAAAAGAGCAAAGUUUCACCUUCACAUUCCGAGUUGCAUUUCUGUAGCGCCAUGCGCGAUAACAAUUCAUUGUUGUAUAGUGCUUUAACGUAAUAGACGCGAGGUGCUUCACUCGAGCGCUAUUGAGCAUCAGUCAACACCAAACCACCCCAAGAUAUCAGUGGCAGGCUUUUAAAAAUUAAUUGAUCAUGGGGAGUGGGCCUCGCUGACUCAGUCAGCAUUUUGUUGCCCAUCCCUAACUGCCCCUUGAGAAGGUGGCAACAAGCUGCCUCCUUGAACAGCAACACUCCAUACGGGGGGUAUGGGCACCCACUGUGCCAUUAGGGAGGGAGGUCCACGUACAUUACCUUGGUAACACUGAAGGAACGGUCAAAAUAUAUUUCCAGGUGAUAAUGGUGUGUUGCAGGCAAAAGUGAGGACUGCAGAUGCUGGAAACCAGAGUUUAGAUUAGAGUAGUGCUGGAAAAGCACAGCAGG